AUGGCGAAGCCGGCUCCACAAAAGAAAGGCGCAGCUGCCGCUGCGCCUGCUGCCACGUCAGCAGCAGCGAGUGAAGCGGUAGCCAACCAGCAACUGGCCGCUGAUCUGAUGCAGAAAUGGGAGCGACGAAACGAUCCUGUCGAGAUCGACGACUCGGAACAGCCGAAAUACGUGCGCAAGGGACCAGCGACGUCGAAGGAGCUAGCGGCGAACAAGAAGCUGUACCAGAAGGUGGCCAACAGCCGCAUGACGCAGUUUCUGCUCAAGUCGGAGGAGUUAGCGCGGCGGCAGCAGGAGGAGGAGAUUCGCCGACGCUCGGCUCCGCUGCACGCGGAGGACAAGGGGCUGUGUAAGAAGAUGCCGCUCAUUCCCGCCCCAUUCGGCACGGGCAAGCUGGUGCGGCUGGGCCUAGCGGGCAACAAGGAGAAGGCAGGCAACGUGUUUCUCGACUUCUUCAAGACAUUCCAUUUCGGCCUCUGGGGCUACCAGCAGCGCCCCUACCCCGCUGAGAAGCCCUUUGACAUCCAGCAGGUCGUCGGCACCAAGUUCCUCGAGAAGAGAUACCUUGACUUCACCCUGCGUGGCAGCACGUGGUACUACAAGGACCGGGUGGGGCGCACGAGGGGCCCCUGCGAGGUGAUCAACCUGCGCACGGCGUGGGCGGCGGGGAUCAUCGAUGGCAACACCUUUGUGUGGGGCGAUGACAUGGACGAGUUUGCCCCCAUUGAUGCGGUCUAUGGGCUGAAGCAGGCGAUCGACACGCCCGAUGUGCGCCUGGCCACAGCAGGAACGGCCAUGCUGCACCGCAUUGGGAGGGGCGUGAACCCUCUCAAGGUCAAGAAGGGCUUCGAGGGCGCCAAGAGGUCGCUGGAGGAGCGCCAGGCAGAGGCACUGGCGGACAAGGAGCGGGAGCGUGCCGCCUUGAAGAACCACGGGGGAGCGUGGCCGGGCAACCAGGCCCCCUCUCAUUCGCUCUUCCUGUGGGCCAGUGGGAGUGAGCUUACCAAGGUGCUGGACCAGAAGCCCAAGAAGUUUCCCAGCAAGUUCAUCUCCUACGAGCAGAGGAAGAAGCUGGCGCAGCGCAUCCCGGGGCUGCGUCCAUGGGAGGUGCUGGAGGUGGAGCAGCUGUUCAACUUGCUCAUUCUUCACCACACACUCCCCAUUCUUUUUCCCUGUUCCUUGUUCCCACCCCCGUGCAGGAAGAAGCUGGCGCAGCGCAUUCCGGGGCUGCGCCCGUGGGAGGUGCUGGAGGUGGAGCAGCUGUUCAACUUCCUCACCUUCCGUGAUGACUUCUGGCGCAGCAAGCUCGGCACAUCCCCUCCCUCCCUUCCUAUCUCGGAAGAAGCUGGCGCAGCGCAUCCCGGGGCUGCGCCCAUGGGAGGUGCUGGAGGUGGAGCAGCUCUUCAACUUCCUCACCUUCCGAAGAAGCUGGCGCAGCGCAUCCCAGGGCUGCGCCCGUGGGAGGUGUUGGAGGUGGAGCAGCUGUUCAACUUCCUCACCUUUCGUGAUGACUUCUGGCGCAGCAAGCUUGGCACAUUUUCUACGCCGCCCGAGAAUUCCGAGGCUUAUGACGAGGAGAUGAUGGAGGAGUGGGGAGAGAUUAAGGAUGCUUUGUCAGGGGCAUUUCCAGAGCUGUCCAGGUGA